CUGAGACAAGUAUUGUGUUACUAUUGUGCUAAAAAUGGGUAAAAUUCGAAGAAAUAGAACGAAAUUCCACUUGUCUACAAAAAAUUCACAAAUUGAAGAAAGCACAAAUCAAGAAAUCGGAGUACCCAAAGACUUGCUUACUAUCCAGCUUCCUCCUUUGUCACUGAAUCCUUUUAGUGGUGGUCAGAUUUCAACUAGUUCCUUUGAUCAAAAGGAACAUGAGGAAAAGAAAAUUGAUUUCACUUCAGAUGUAGCUUCUGUAAAUGUUCAGGAAAAAUCUGCUGAAUCUAACAUUCAUCUGAAUAAGAAAGAAAGAAGAAAAUUAAAACGUCAAAAGUUUUUGGAAAAAUUAGAAGUGACGAGAGUCACAAAAGAAAGCAAAAAAGCAGCAAAGAAAAGAUCAGAAGUUCCUGUUGUUGGUGACUUGAAGCCAAUGUGUCUUGCUUUGAGUGAUAUAACUAAAAUUAUCAGCUCUGUUGAGGAUAGUCAAACUGAUGCAAAAAUUGUUUCAACUAAGAAAAAAAGAAAACGAAAACCAAAAUGGCUGAAAGAGAAAUUGAAAAACACAGAUCCAUUAGAAGGAUUUAAGACAAUUAAUGAAAAGGGAAUUAAGAAAAUACAAAGUAAAAGAACUCAAAAACACAUGGUUUGUGAAAUUCAAAGACUGCAAAAACUUGUAUCGGAUAAAAAAUUUAAUGGUGUCAAUUUGAUUUUGACAGAUACGAACACAAAAAAGGCGGUGUAACCUUUCAGAAUUUGUUUGACCCUUUUGCAACUAUCCAUCAUUUCAUCAUGUAGUGUCACUGGAGAAUCCAGCGCUUUGGGUUGAACUGCCCUUAUUAAAUUUAAGGAAAACAGAAAAAGUGGCUAACGGGCAUGCUGUGUGAUGUAAAUUGUAAAGAUUUGCUUCAGUAAUAGAAUCAAUUAGAAUGUUCCGAAAUAUAAUUGGCCUUGACUGCUUAGGCAAGAAAUAAUUUACUAGUUAGUAUUGAAUUCAAAUAUUUAGAUUGUUAAGUUCUUGUUGGUAAAUCUGAAUUUAUAAUCCAAUAUUUUUUUUGAGAAUUCUAGUUACAUAUAUAUGGGUAUGAAAAUAGAGCAUUUCAGCAGAACUGGAAAGAUACUGGAUUAUCUAUUACGAACAUAGAACUUGUAAAAUAUGCAACAAUGUAACCUGAAAUGCUAAUAACUAUAAAGGAUACUCAACAUGAUUUCGGCAAUCACUGGCCAGUUCCAGCUUAUUCCAUUAUUGCUGAUUGUCUGGCAGAAAUAUCAUUAUCUAAAAAUAAUUCAAUACUUGGGUUUAACUUAACUAAAUGAGAGUUUAUGCUGUUCUAGUGAUUGAGACUUCAUGCCAGCUUUUUUUCGUAUAAAAUGAUUUUUAAAAUUUCAUUCUUCCCCAAUUUGGAUUAAUUGUAUCGUGUCCAUAUUAAUCAAAUGGUAACUCUGCUUUCAG